GCAUUAUCUCUUACUUCAUGUUGACAAGCGGAAAAAGGAAGUAACUCGUACUUUUAUCACAGAAUAGCCAUUUCUCAGACUCGUACAUUUGAUGUAUGUUUGAGCCAAUGGAAAACAUUCUUCUUGCCACGGCCGCGGGAAGUUUCUAAAAUGGCAGCCUCCAGUGAAAAGUUGCAAGGAACGUAACCACUGCUAAUUUUUACUGAUUUAUUCCAGUUGCCAUUUUAAACAGAUUUUUUAAAGUGUGUUACUUAGUCCACUAUGGAAAAAGAAGCUGUUGGAAGCAUCUUGGAUUUUACUGGCAAAGGGGUCACAAAGAUAGAAUACUUGCCUCAUGUGGACCCAACAACUAUUAUAUAUGACAAGAACGCUAUAUCAAAAUUGGAGAAUUUGGAACAGUACAAGCGAGUCCAAGAGUUGUCAGUUGCUGACAGUCAUAUAGUGAGAAUGAAUGGGCUAGAGAAGCUAAGGACACUGCGAAUGUUGAAUUUGCCAAACAAUAGCAUUGUUUCAGUUGAAGGUCUUAGUAAUCUGACAAAUCUAAUGUGGCUGAAUUUAUCUGGAAACAGUAUCAAGGUCAUCGAAAACCUGUCGUCCAAUAUUCAUCUUCAGCAUUUGGAUUUUUCUGACAACUGUAUCUCUUCUUUAAGUGACCUGUCAUUCCUGGGUCAUUUGAGGACCCUGUUGCUGCAUGGCAAUAUGAUCAGUUCUGUACGGACAGUUCCAGACUUCCUGCCCAACUCCAUUGUGGCCUUGUCAUUAGCAGAAAAUGAACUGGACAACUUGGCAGAGAUUUCCUGUUUGUCAAGUCUUAUCCAUUUGGAGCAGCUUUCAAUCAUGAACAAUCCCAUGACAGCUCAACCAGAUUUUGAUUAUCGGCCUCUAGCCAUAAGCUGCUGUGAAACUCUCAAAGUCCUGGAUGGUCAUAUUAUUUCUGAGAAAGAAAGAUUAAAGACAGAGUGGCUGUACAGCAACAGGAAACAGACUGCAUCUGAGAAGGCUGACACCAGGCCCAAGUCUGCACAGUCCAAUGGGAUUUCACACGUGGGACUGAUAGAGCAGUUGUCCGACGUCAAGGGGAGACCAGCCACAGCUCCUGUUUCUUACAACCACUCUAUACACGGCAACACAUUUGAUUCUCAGCAAGAGUCUGUUGAGCUGGCGGUGGUCCAUGGAGACAGUACUGGUCAUGUGACAGGAGCAGAUGUCCCUGCGAGAGGAAAGCCAAGAGCAGCAUGGAGUAAUCAGGAAGGAGCAGUGACAUUGGCCAUCUCUCCUCAGACAGGCACAGGACUUCAGACUGCAUCAGCAGAAUGGACAGAGGAUUAUGAGUCUGACCAGUUAGAGUCAGAGUCUGUGUACCUUCCUGUAGGGAGUCCUCACACUCCUCAGCUAUCCUCACUGGCCACUGUCAUUCAUCCUCAUUCCACAACAGAGCAUGGAGCACAGGAGAAAGUGCAACCAAAACCACAGCGUCUGACACAGCACAAGGCACCACCUACAACGCAAUCUAAGGCACAGCAUCUGACACAGCACAAGGCACCACCUACAACGCAAUCCAAGGCACAGCAUCUGACACAGCACAAGGCACAGCAUACAACGCAAUCUACAAUACAGCACACAGCACAACCCACGUCAUAUUCAACAUCACAGCCUGUAAAGUCGAGGGAGGUUCUGGCCAUAAGGAAGGAUUCCCCUGGGAUAAAAACAGGAAAAGUCUCCCCAGAGCAGCUGCUCCGGAUCCCGUCCCGCCCUGCUCCACAAGCUCCCAGCACCUCGACAGUCUCUAAGAGCAGGUUUGAAAGCCAUGAAACACGUGCCAUUAAGCCACUGAACCAGGAGAUUGCACGAGGUAGGACCCCUGCUCAGUCACAGCACAAAAUGGAUUUGAAAAUUGAGCCUAAAGCUGGAAACAGAAAGCUUCUGAAUACCGUGCCUGAGGUGACGAAAAGUGAGCCAAAAAAGAAAGAGGUCAUUUCGCAGUCAGUUCGAUCACAUGCGCUGAGCCACAUCAAAGAUGUUGCUGAGAGCCGGAAGAAUCUGAAGAAAAGUAGUCAACAACAACAACAACAGCUGGUGUCAGAGAACAGCCUGAAUAUAGGCAAGAGGCUUGUGAGAGAGGCCUGGCUAGGGGGUGGGGUGAGAGACUCAGGAUUUCUCUCACGACCAUCCAGUGAUGCAAUCGACAUUGAUAGAUUAGAUCAAGAGAAGGCUGCUGCUACAAAGAUCCAGUGUGUGUGGCGCGGCUACUGGGCACGUCAACACGUCCCCAGGGUGAGGUGGGUGCGAGAGGAGAUGAGGAGGAGGAGGAUGGAGGAGCACAUCGUGUUUCUGAGGGCAGAACUAGACAGACAAAAACUGCUGUACAAGGAGGAAAGAGAGCUAAGGCAUCUACAGCUAGAGGCUAUCAAACACCUGUGGAAGGAGGUUCAAGCACUACAGACUUGGAAAGCGAAUAUUUUGUCAGAACAGACCAGCUGUAACCGACAUAAACACCUCAACAAGGAGAUGGAAAACACAAUGGAAAAGAUAGAAGUCAUCAGCGAGCAAGGCUACAUUAGGGAGAAGACAGUUACCUCCCCUAUGCCAGACGAAACCUUGGCCACUAGCAAACAACAAGAACUAGAGAAAACUUGUGCUUAUCUGCAGGGCCAGGUACAACAGUUACAUCAGACCUUACAAGGCUUCUCACACCUUGUCCACUCCAGUCAUCUACUCACUCAGGCAUUUGAGAACCCCUGCAGAGGGAGCCAUGAGAGCAGUGUUCAUGUGACUGGCUACACCGGUAGCUUAGAGAUGCUGUCAACAGGGUCUGCCCAUCACAACCACUGGGGUCUGUUGUGUGCACCCCAGGCAGGGAUAGGCGAGAAGGACCCCACAAGCCUCAACCAUGCCUCCCCAGGCUGCCCCACCCCUCCCUCACAGCUACAGUUUCACCCCCACACACCCCACAGUCUUGUAUUGUCGUGGCAACCCUCAAAGAUCAUUGGUGCUUCUCAGCAGGAGAUUGAGCAGCCAUUGUUAGGAUAUCGAAUCUAUGUGAAUGAAGUGCCCCAUGGCAUGGUGCCGGGUCACCAGACCUCAGCUGUGGUAGACGGGCUAGACAGGGCCUUAACAUACAGAUUCCAUGUGAGAGGUAUAUCCAGCAUUGGGGAGUCACAGAAGUCUAAUGCAGUACUGGUUGAAGCUGGCCCUCACAAGGGUACCAGCAGCAGCAGCAGUAGUGAUGAGCAGUCAGAUGAGACAGAUGAUGAACAUGGAUCCACGGGUAGUCUGUCAGAGGAGCCACGCAGGCAGACAGCAGAGGCGUUAAGCCAUCAGAGGACCAAGAGAAAGUCACCUCACAGAGAGAAAGAGGUGCGGAGGAGCCUGGAGGAGAAAGCUGGAGCUGAUACAUCCAGAAAAGACAGCUCUAGUGCGGAUGAGAUGACUAUAUUUAGGUAUCCCAGACUACACACACCCAAAAGGGGUGGCAGGAAUAAGUCUCCUGAAUCAACAUUACAGUCUGAUCCGAAACUGGUGUCAUGUGAUGUCAGUGACCUUGACAAGGUCAUUUCAAAGUCACCUGAAACUAAUCUGAAAUCCGAGGACUGCCGGCUUAAGACUGCGGAUCAUAGACGGCUUACAGCAAGCCCGAAUUCACUGACGUCUACAGAUUCCUCUCCCAAACAGAAUGAUGACUCAACAGAGUGGGCUCAAAAGCCCAGGCGACUACGCACAAAGGAAUGUGGUGGAGGAACUGUUGGCGAUGUCCCUGAUAGCAUUGUGCAGGUGUGUGUGGAAGAUGCGCCCCAGGGUAGUGAAGAAGCAGUGACUGAGGCUGUGGAAAGUGCGCACAACAAGAUUAACAUUGGCUCACAAAAGGAGGUGAUUAAAUCCCCUAGAUCUCAAGAGAGAGAACUUCCACAAGAGACAAAAAAGGAAAGUUCCUCAAGUAACUCGGGCAAGAAUUCGUCAGGAAAAAGUGAGGGAGCUGUAAACAACCCAGGGUUAGUGUUGUCAAAGCCAAAACCAUUGCUGAGCACAAUGAGGAAACCACCAGCCAGCCAGACAAGUCCGCACAGUGGUUCCGCUACACAGGAUGGGGCUAUGCCUGCACGACCUUCCUCUGGGGAAAGACGGCGUAUGCCAGUAGCAGACAUGCUGGAGAGAUUUGCAAACAAACAGAACAGUAUGCAGGAGUCCGGAUCCAGUUACAGGUCAUCUGUAUCAGGCUCAACUGCUACAAUAACUCUGCCCAAAACAAAAACUGCUGAGUCACUGAAACUGGGUGCCCUUGGUGAUGAGAAUGAGCUGAGAAAGAGUAAAUCAGAGAACUCUUCCCCUACGGAGAACAGUCAGCCCGUGAUGGCCACGGUUGCGGAUAGCGAGCCAUUCAGUAUUAAAAGUCGAACUCAAGGCAGCUUUGUGUCCAAGCUGUUGCAGAAACUACAGACAUUUUCCAAAGCACAAGAGCAGAGUAUUCGACAGUCACAGAAGUCACUGAAGUCUCGUGCAAAGUCUAGCAGUGACACAGCUUUGGCCACUGGAGAGAGUGAGGAUAUAGUGUCAGGGCGUCCUCGUCGUAUCAGCGGGGGUGAGGAUAGCGAGGAGGAGGCCAGGGCUGUCCUCAGUGACUCAGCACAUUGUCCUCCCUCCAGUGAGAAGAAGAAAGUUAACAAGGGACACAAAAGAUCAUCUAGUAUGCAUGGUGCAGGGCCUUUUGUUGCUAAGGAGGCUGCAGCCCUGGAAAGUGGACACAGUCCAAUCAUUAUGGACGGGGCAAGGAAGAAGACUAGUCCCUCAGCUGGAUCUGGUAGUGUCCGUAGACACGCCUCAUUCCACGGUAUCCUUCCCUCCAAAGGCCAGGAGAUCAGACAGCCCUCAGAGGAUACUUCCUCUGGGAAGAUCAGAACUGCCCCCAAACCCUCCCCCACGGAGAGCAGUGGCCAGCCCACCUUCAGGUCUCGAUCUCCCAGCCCUAAUGCCAGCACCCGUAGUAAUGUUUACCAGCCUGUACUGUCAGCAGCCCAGUUACAGAGACUCAAGUCCCCUGCUGGCAUUGGGCACUGAAACCAUGGGUGUCCAGUGCCAUUGGCAACCAACUAGAGACACUCGUCCCCUGCUGGCAUCAGGGAUUGAACGGUUGAGCAUCCAGUGCCAACGGCAUCCCAGCUGCAGACACUCAUGACCCCUGCAGGCAUCGGGCACUGAACCACAGAGCGUCCAGUGCCAACAGCAUCCCAGCUGCGAACACUUAUGACCCCUGCCGGCAUCGGGCACUGAACCACUGAGCGUCCAGUGCCAACGGCAUGUUAGCUACAGACACUCAUGACCCCUGCCAGCAUGGGGCACUGAACCACUGAGCGUCCAGUGCCAACGGCAUGUUAGCUACAGACACUCAUGGCCUCUGCUGGCAUCGGGUACUGAACCACUGAGCGUUCAGUGCCAACAGCAUCCUAGCC